AUGUCAAAGGCAUUGCCGCCCAUUAAACCGUUGUCGCCGCGUGGGCGUGAUGCGUACAACGGCUCUGGGCGUCCCCGGACGGCUCUACAAACCCCGCUCACCCCUCCGGAGGGGAACGCGCGAGUCCCAACAGCAACAACAACAACAGGGACGGCUCAAUCCUCCACAAUACGUUUUCUCUCUCGAGAAGUGGGGUUUUCGCUGGGCCCGGUGCAGGAUCGGUUCUUGCCGCCGUACAACGACCUUGAGGAUCCACACCUGGCGCAGUACUGGGCCCGCCGUGAGGUGCUCAUAAGAGAACUCGCCGAACGAAGGCAUGAGUUGCAACGACAACGGCGGCUGGAGCGGAGACGCCGCGAGAUGUUACGUCGGCGUUUUGAGCGACGUCGGCGGCGAGAGUUAGAGGAUCUUUCCGCCAAAAAGGGAUACGCGUCGCAGCGGCGAGAAAUAGAGGAAGAGGAGCAGGAGCGGCAGCGUUCUGCGAGAAGUCGUCAGCCACAUCCUCCCCAGGCCAACAGAUCCUUCAGCGGUAGAAACCGAUCAUGGGGACGAGGGUAUGACGUUUCCGCACCCAACAAUCGGCCCGCCACGGCAUCUUGUGGCGCCAUUAUGGAUUACAGUAAGAAAACCCCACCUUCGCAGAGACAAACGAGUGCGAGGAAAGCCAACCAAGAAUCAUCUCUCCACACAGCCGUGCAUCAUCGUCCAUCCAGGGAGAUGCCCACAGAAACGAAGAAGACGGCAAAAGCGGACACGUCAGCAUACAAAAAAAGAGUAAAUUCAGCAAAAGCCGUCGCGGCGGCAAAAAUAAGGGCCGCCGCAGCAAAAGCAGCGGCAGACACACUAGAGAGGGGGCCCAGCGAAUCUCAAUCUUCCCUAAACACACCGAUAAAGUGUAAAUACCCGCAGGAGGCUGACACGAGGACGGAAGCACCAGCGCAACCAAAGUCUUUUAAGAAGGCCGAUGUAUUCAGUAACUUCACCGCAUCCACAUCUUCUUCAUCUUUAUCCUCGUCGUCAUCAUCGCGCAGAUUCAGAAGAAAUGGAAGGCGGCAGCGGAACAACAAGUAUAACAGCAACAAAAAAUCUGCGGCAUCCGCCCGCUCCGCAAAAAAGAGGGCAGCGUCGCCACUCUCGUCAAAGGAGUUCCAGGCUGUGGUAAAUGCAAGGCGUACCACGCCAAGGUAUGACGAGUACGACGAUGACUAUGAGUCCGAAACACCCGCUUCCGCUAAGAAGCGGCCCGCGGUGCUCUCGUCAAAGGAGUUCCAGGCUGUAGUGGAUGCAAGGCAUGCCACGCCAAGGAAUGACGAGUACGACGAUGACUAUGAGUCCGAAACACCCGCUUCCGCUAAGAAGCGGCCCGCGGUGCUCUCGUCACAGGAGGUCCAGGCUGUGGUAAAUGCAAGGCAUGCCACGCCAAGGAAUGACGAGUACGACGAUGACUAUGAGUCCGAAACACCCGCUUCCGCUAAGAAGCGGCCCGCGGUGCUCUCGUCAAAGGAGUUCCAGGCUGUAGUGGAUGCAAGGCAUGCCACGCCAAGGAAUGACGAGUACGACGAUGACUAUGAGUCCGAAACACCCGCUUCCGCUAAGAAGCGGCCCGCGGUGCUCUCGUCACAGGAGGUCCAGGCUGUGGUGGAUGCAAGGCGUACCACGCCAAGGAAUGACGAGUACGACGAUGACUAUGAGUCCGAAACACCCGCUUCCGCUAAGAAGCGGCCCGCGGUGCUCUCGUCACAGGAGGUCCAGGCUGUGGUGGAUGCAAGGCGUACCACGCCAAGGAAUGACGAGUACGAUGAUGACUAUGAGUCCGAAACACCCGCUUCCGCUGAUGAGCAGCCCGCGGUGCUCUCGUCACAGGAGUUCCAGGCUGUGGUAAAUGCAAGGCGUACCACGCCAAGGAAUGACGAAUACGAUGAUGACUAUGAGUCCGAGACGUCCGCUUCCGCUAAUGAGCAGCCCGCGGUGCUCUCGUCACAGGAGGUCCAGGCUGUGGUGGAUGCAAGGCGUACCACGCCAAGGAAUGACGAGUACGAUGAUGACUAUGAGUCCGAGACGUCCGCUUCCGCUAAUGAGCAGCCCGCGGUGCUCUCGUCACAGGAGGUCCAGGCUGUGGUGGAUGCAAGGCGUACCACGCCAAGGAAUGACGAAUACGAUGAUGACUAUGAGUCCGAGACGUCCGCUUCCGCUAAUGAGCAGCCCGCGGUGCUCUCGUCACAGGAGUUCCAGGCUGUGGUGAAUGCAAGGCGUACCACGCCAAGGAAUGACGAAUACGAUGAUGACUAUGGGUCCGAAACACCCGCUUCCGCUAAGAAGCGGCCCGCGGUGCUCUCGUCAAAGGAGAUCCGGACACAGGUGAAAUAUAAGGCUUCUUCAAGUUCCUCCAUAUCUCGUAGCAGUACGAGUUCGCGUUCGGGUGAUUCAGAUUCGGAUGAGAGUGGGCGGGGGGACCCUUAUCACGAGUUGGGUGAUGCUUCAGGAAAACUGAAGGGAAACCAGAAAAAAAAAGUGACCGCCAGUGCUAAUGGGUUAAGUCCAGGUGUAUCUUUAAAUAAAUCAGCCAAAUUUUCUACUUCGUCCCCAAAGAGCAAUAAAAAAGGGCUCAGUGAGAAUCACAUGGUAAAAGACUCUAGUCAUGUUCACGACGAGUAUUAG